AUGGGUGAUAUUCGGCGCGUAAUCCCAGCGGACAGUGCGAUGAAACAGCAGUUUCAAUUUGGUGACCCUGUGUAUCAGGUUACUGUUGUUAAGGUGGAAGAGGACGGCACCUUGGUCUUGCAAGCGGAUGGCUUGGAGCUAGAAGACGAUAACGCAGCUCCAGGUGAUUGGAUAGAAGAUAACCAGUGCGAAGAAGGCAUAGCCAAGCAGUUUUAUGGUGAGAAGAUUCGUUCCAUCCUCCUGAGUUCGCAAGCUCCUUCUGAUUACGUCGGCAAGAUCGUGGGCAUGAUCUUAGAUGGGCACGACGUAGAGCAACUGAAACAUUUGGUUCGAGACCCGAAUGAGCUCAAGCAUCUGGGAAAGGCGGCGUAUGAAAUUCUGUGCAAGGACAAGUGGCAGCCACAAGGUGUCGAAUCUUGGCCUAAGGCUGAACAUCCUCGGAAAUUAUAUGAAGAGGAUUUGGUUUCGGUGGUGCUUCGUGCAACGAAGUACAACGUUGAAACAGCUUCUCGUCUGUCAAGGAGAUACUGGACACCAAGGGGGGCAGCAAGAUUGGCGUCACUGGUGGGAGAAUACAAAGCCUUUUACGGUGGAAGUUGCUGCGCCUUUCAAGAGCUCAUGGAAUCGGAGGGAAGGAACGUCGCAGAAUAUUUGGACCUAGAUCAGGUUCGAGCGGUUCAUGGAGGACCACAGUCCAGCUACCACAAGUGCAAGUUCUGGGAAAAAGGGAACUGCCGUAAUGGUGAUCAUUGCAGGUUUGAACAUCGUCUAUGUGGUCAAGACUGGAUCAAUCCCUCAAGUUCAUCGUCAGAGGUUCGUCGCAAGGAUCCUCUUCCUGUGUCUGACAAACAACAGGAUGCGCAGAAUGAUGGGGACAUAGGUGAGCCACCAACUGACGAAGGUGACGUUGAUGAGGACCAGCAAGCGCGUGAAGAUGCAGCGUUUCAGGAACAGCAUCAGUACGGCAAAGGGACCGGCAAAGGUUCCACAAAAGGAUCGUUUGCGGGGAGGUCAAAGCCGAUGUGCAGUGGGAGCCUGGAAGGCGUUUGGACGAUGAUACCAGACAACAGCUCCGAGAGGCUGGGUUGA